UGUAUUAAGAUUGUUUAAUCAAAACACAUAUACUCCUUUAACAAUGUGGACUUGAUUUAAUAUAUGUAAAUGUAUUAAGUCUACUUCAAAUCUAAUGGUUCAUUAGGUCAUAGCUUAUCCAUGCUUAUCCAGGUUUCUGCAUUUAGAAGAUUGAGGGUAAAAGACCAUACCUUAAGAUAAUGCCAGUCUGUUACAGAUACAACUCCCUGUCCAGGCUAUCCUUGGUAUUCAUUUCUAGUUUCAUUUAUUGAAGGAAAUUUGCUUUGCUUUUAGGCAUGAUUCAUGACCAUCACUCUGCAUGUGAUAUUCAGUAACAUCCAUUCAAGAUUCUCUUUAUAUGGCAACAAUCAGCUGUGAUAACUUCUCUAACUGCUGCUGCCACAGUAUCAUCAGUCUGCAAUCUGGUUAGUGUAAAUGUUAGGUAAGGUUUUGGCCAAUCAUGUCAAUGAACAUUAGACUUAGAGAUAAGACAGGCCCAGAGACAACAAAGAUGGCAAGAUAAUCUAAAUAGAACAACAAAUAGUCAAAGUAAAGACCACUUUCUUCUAUGAUAGUUCACCAUUUCUCAUAGCAUCAGCAGACUAAAUGGCAAAGGCAUUGCCCUGGAGGAUAAUGAGGGAGAUGCAUUAAAACAGCCAUUCUGAUUCACAGGGCUCACACUUGCGGACAGCCAUCUCUGCCCUGAUAGCGGUGAGCAGGGAUAUGAUGUGGGGGUGUGGAUGGCAAGAACACCAGCAGUCUCAACUGCCACAGGCUUGACCAUAAACCUGUUAGACGGUAACCAAUACAUUGACGGUUUGUUUGUCUCAGCCUGACAAGCAAUAAAGCCUGGGCUGGUAGCUGACAACACCAAGUUGCCACUGGAGAAAGUAUCACAGCAUGUGGCAUCCCAGAUGAGGGGCCUACUGCUACAGAAUAGGAGUAUUGGGAAGGAUAUCCAGCAGUAGAAACCAUAGCAAAGCUGACAGUGGAGCUUGGUGCAGCCGUCUGAUUUGACAGUUCCUGUCAAACCAUCCAGUCCAUGACAGUAAGGAAGGACAACAUUAAAAGAUGAUGAUGACUCCUUUCUGAGAAACUUUCUUUGUGACAGGUUGGUAUAUCUUUGGAUAUUUCAUUUUAUCAGCUGCUUUACUGUUCUUUUUUUAACUCCCACACAUACACCAUCAGGUGGAGGCACUGUCACUGAUUUUAUUCAAUCCAUUUUUACCCACACUGUUGAAUUCUUGGCUAUUGAUCAACUUGGGUCAGUGGCUGCGUCUGACAAAAGGGGCAGCAAAAUUAUGGUACUGUUAAAGAUUACCAAAAUGUUUUUCUUUGUCUUCUAAAUAGAGAUAUAAUCAGGCAUAUGUGAUGACUUCUUCUUUGAUGCAACAUGCUCAAUUCUAAAAGAAAAGAAACAAACACAAUGCCAUAUUCAAAACUAGAGUGUUGGCAUCAAUGUAUGAGAAAUAUGAAUGACUGGAAUUAUUUGUUAUGAUAUCAGACCUUACCUUUGUAAGAAAACCUGCUCAUUAAAGAUCAUAUCUACAAACUAAGUUUUCAUCACUUGUCUCUUUCUAGAUAUACAUGUGACCUGUGUUUCAUUUUGUAUGCUGUUGAUAUUAAGUCAAUCAUGACAAUAUCAUUCUCUUCUGACAAGAUAAUUACCCAGCAGAGACACCGAUGGAUGGAAGGUGGCACCAAUGACUCUUUAAAGUCCUCCCAGACUGAUGAGAGAGAAGGAAGAAGUUAUCGCCAAACUGGUGAUCUGAUAAAAAUAUCUCCAACAGAGCAGACUUAUCUAAAGCUACCUAAGGUGGUGCUGAUUAGCCAAAUAAUAGAUUGGGUCUACCAUCCAGUGGCCAUGGAAGGAUUUGAACUCACAACACAGAGAGUUGGAAGAAAUACAGAAAGCAUAAGGUUAUAUUUGAAAGAUAAAGAAUAUUUCCCGGUGCAAUAUGAAAUCGGAAUGUACAAAGAUGAUGAGAGUUGUGAUAUGUGAUAUACUGGAUGACCCUACACUUGUUUCAGCUACCAUAAAUAAAUAUUGGUUUUGACCCUUAACAAGGCCAUACACUGUGAGGAAAUAUGAGAACCAACUUAAUGAACCCUUGAUAUAUGACUGGUAUUUGAUUUAUCACACAUGGAAGCAUGAAAGUUAAAAACUGACCUUGAUGGAAAUUAAAACUCAGAACUUGAAGGGAAAUAACUAAAUACCAAAAAGUAUUAUCAUCACCAUUGUUGUUGUUGCCAUUGUUUUAGCGUUCACUUUUCCAUGCAUGCAUGGGUCAGGCAAUAAUUGUUAAAGCAGAUUUUCCUAUGGCUGGAUGCUCUUCCUGUUACCAGCCCUCACCUGUUUCCAAGCAUGGUUAUAUUUCCUCAAGCCUAUUAAAGUAUGGACAGUCCUGACAUGCUAUGGGAAGAGAAUUACAAACAAAUGACACAAUUUUUAUAAAUGCAGGUUCUUUUGCUUUACAAUCAGCUCACUCAGAACAAGGCAAGUGGUAUACAUACUCACUCAUGCACACACACACACAUACAACAGGUUUCUUCCUGUUACUGUCAACACAGUAUCAUCAUCAUUUAACAUCCACUUUCUAUGUUGGCAUGGGUUAGACAGUUUGACUGGAACUGGUGAGCCAGAGAGCUGCACCAGAUUCCAUUCUGAUUUGGCAUGGUUCCUACAGCUGGAUGUCCUUUCUAAUACCAACCACUCUGAGAGUGUAAGGGGUGAUUUUUACAUUCCACCAGCACAGGUGGCAUUUACAUGACACUCGUAACAGUCACAACUGCAAUUUAAUGGGUGCCAUUUACAUGACACCAGCAAUGGCCACAACUACGGUUUCACAUGGAUCUAUUAAAGACACCAUCAGACAGUGUUCAAGGAGUACAAAGAACCUUUCAUUCAUGUGGUUCCAAAGCAAAUUUCAUAAGUACACAGCCAUGUUUGCAGCUAUGAAACAAAUAUUAAGAGGAUCAAGAUGCUGGAUUUAAAGAACUGGUAGAGCAUUAGAUAAAAUGCCUUAUGGUAUUCAGUUUUUGGUCCCUUUAUCUUCUGAGUCUGAAUCUCGCCAAGAUCAUCUUUAAUCCUAUAUUUAUUCAGUGUAAGAGAAGUCAUGGCUUGGUUCUCCAUGUAACAAUAUGUUAUAAAUAUGCUUCUUCUUUUCUCAAA